UCACCACUUCUUUCCUGAACACUGUAACACGGGCUCAUAAAUACUAUAACGCUGUAAUAUGUAUAUGGUAUGAUCACUUGUUUUUAAUAAUCUCCUCUUUGUUUGUUUGUUUUUUAAAUAAACUUACUACCCAUGAGCCUCAGCCUCGGUCACGGCGUGAGUCAGUGACACAAGUCAGAGCUGUAGCAGAAAACACCUCGUCGUUGCUAUUUUUGCAUUUACACGUUAUAUGUAACGUUACUGCCAAUGCUUCAAAGCAGCAGAUAAGAUGUGUUAUCAAGUUUCUAUUUAUUUUAUUUCAGCUUCUGCCUUCCGCUGACUGAACUGUGAGCUCCGCGGUUGGAUGUUGGAGUUGAUAUGACUUAUAGUAACGUUAUAUAGCCCUGUGCCUUUGACUGGUGUUUCAUUAUGGAUAAAAACAAACUCAUAUUUGACCGCAGUUGCACAUCGUCGGUAACGUCCACGUCGGUGAACUGUUGUUUUUGAGCAGGAAGUGAACGGGACGGACAGCCGGACUAACUCCUCCCACUUUGACUCCGUUUACCGUCUCCAUGGUUACGUUGUUAAAUACCGCAGAGGUCGCUGAUGCCGCUGUCUGUGAGAGAAAUACGUUGGACAAAAAACAUUUUAAAUAGAAAUAUCAGUUAAUUAAAAUGAGCGUAUCAGUCACUCACACCAUUUCUAAGAAAAACGAAGGUAAUAAAGUUGUUAGGCGGCAACGGGUUUAUGACUACUUGUAUGAUCCGGUUUACACGGUGUCAUCGGAGGCGGACCAUGUCAGGUCCAACCUCAACGCCUAUGCGUCUACGGACCGAGUAAGGAGAGUGCCUGAGUUUGGGUCCAUGUUCAGUAACCUGUCCCACCACCCACGGUAUACUUUUCAACUGGACCCUGUAGACCCAGUACCGGCCUCUGUUGAUCGUCACUGGCGAGGCCACGCGGAGCAACGCAAAGAGGCACUGCAGCAGCUGGCUGGGGUUAUUCCAGAUGCUCAGUCAUGGCUGAAAAGGGAGGAGUGCCAUGUGACCGGUGCUGAUCGCUGGAAAUACUUUAAACGGCCUCAGAUUCCCUUCGCACAGCAGGUUCCCCCGGAUGUGAUUUUUGCUUUGCCGAGAGAAGAUUUUGUGUCCACUGGUGGAAACAAUGCUGAGCAACAGCCGACCCACUUCACCGUGGGCGUUCAGACCGACUACAGGGAAAGUGAAACGCAGACAGACCCGUACAGCCCUGAGUAUGUGGUACAACAUGGGACAACUCCCACUGAGCUCCUGCAACUGGCAGCUUUGACUUGGGGUCGUGGUCUGCCUGCAGGCCUAGCAGAAGUGGAAAUGAUACAGCGGGCACGUGCUAAACGAGCAUGGGAGGCCACCCUUCCUCCAUUGCAUGACCUCAGUCAGCUGGACAAAAGGAGACGUAUGAUGGAGGAGAUGGAGGUCAAAGAGUGGGCUUUCAGAGAGGGAGAAAUCCAGAAGUUACAAGAGGCUCGUCUUGCUGUGCUGAAGGACCUCUUGAGGAAGAGAGAUGGGGCCCAGAAAGAAGUUACAAACGAGAGACUGCACCAGAUAUAUUCAAAGCACCAAAAAGACAAGGACACCAAGCUACACAAGAUUCACAAUGACUACAUGAGGUCGCUGAGAAAACUGGAAGCUAAGAGGAGAAAUAUGGAGGGGAAGCUGGAGCGACCUGGCAUUGUCAGAAACUAUCUAGAGUCUAAGACAGGUGCCCCUGGGGCCCGCAGGGACACGUUCAGCAAAAGCCAAUACUUAGACACAUAUGAAGGCUUACUGAAGCUGGAGGCAGGACUCUCAGCCACAGUCCUCAAGCCACAAGGGAAAAGGCCCAAAGUCAACACCGUCAAGGAUGUGAUCAAGCCCCGUGUAAACAAAGCGGUAGAACUGAUGGAAAAAUACAAGUCCAUGAGGGAGAAGAGCGAGCAAGCCAGAGAGAAGUCCUUGCGUUUUCUUGUCAAGAAGGAGAAGACUGUUCCUCGUCCUGUCACUCCCAGAGUGGAGGAGCCACCAGAGGGGGAUGAGGAGAUAGAGCUCGCAGUCAUCCACUUGCAGAAACUAAUGAGAGGAAGAAGUAUCCAAUGCGAGAUGUUUAUGGGCAAGGAGAACCAUCUGGAGCUCAUCCAGGAACUCAGGACUGUCCACGCCCUGCAGAAGGAGGAGCAGGAGUUACAAAAUGCUGACAAAGGGCUUGUUAUGACCCUGAAAAAACAGAGAGACGAACAUAGACACAAGACCUCUCAAGAGGAGGCGUCUCAGGCCAGAGUGGUAGGUGCAGAGCUCGAACACCUGUUCGACACUUUGUCCAAGGAGCUGGUUCAUCUCCAAGAGGAGCGCAGGAUCCAUGCCUUCACACUACUGGCUGAGAGAGACCGCCGCCUACGAGAGGCUGAGGAGAGUGGAAAGAGACAAGUGGAGGAGCGCCGACGCAGAGAAGAAGAUGAGAUCUUCAGACAAGUGGUGCAGGUACAACAGGAAACUGUGGAUUUGUAUUUGGAGGACAUCAUCUUAGGGACCUUGGAGCAGACAGCCAACCAGCAGGCCAGAGAGGAGAUCCGCAGGAGGGCUAAGGAGGUCAAUGACAUUGCUUACGCCAUGGAGGAAAGCCGGGACAGUCUUCAGUCGGAGGAGAUUGUGUCAGAGUUGGUGUACAGUUUCCUUAUCCCAGAGGUCGAGAAGAUCAGUGUCAGACAAAGAGUGCACCAGAGGCAGCAUAGACACUUGCAGGCAGCUCAUAAUAUAAUUCAGGGGACUGCAGAGCAUUCUGGGAUCCAUCGUAGUACUCUGGGAGCCUCACAGUCUACCUGUCCCUCUGAAAGAGCCUCUAAUCGAAUCCUAGAGGAGAUGAGCCUAGUGGAGCAGCACCGCACUAAAACUGAGUAAAGGAUUGUAGAUAUAAAAAGUGUACUGAGAUGCAGUCUGAUGUCUAUAUUUGUUGUCCACUCCUAUGAUUAAAGUAUAAGUUUCCCAUCAUUGUGGGUGUAUAGAUUAAUUAAAGCCUUUUCAUUAUUACUCCUUACAUAU